GAUAUGACGUUUUAAAAAAAAUGGACAAACAAUUCGAGGGGUAUUAAAUUUCUAUCGGUUCGCUUAAAGACUCUACUAGGGUUAUAGGGGUUUGUUAAAAUCCUCCGUAAAUCUCGUUCACAGCAGUUAUUAAUUAUAUCUCAACAAAUUUCUUUUUGAAAAGCAAAUCGUUUGGGAGGUUUUGGGUUCGAUAGAAAGACAGAGAGCUUUUAACAAUGUCAGAAACGAGUUGGUAUUAUACGAGAGAAGAGAUAGAAAAAACAUCGCCAUCGAGAAUCGACGGUAUCGACUCAAAGCAAGAGACUUUCCAGCGUUGGUCUUACACUACAUUCCUCCAAGAGCUUGGCCAGAGACUCAACAAUCCUCAGAGAUCCAUAGCGACAUCGAUAGUCCUCUGUCAAAGAUUCUUCACGCGCCAGUCACUCGCGAAGAACGACCCCAAAACGAUGAGCAUCGUAUGUAUGUUCAUCGCAGGGAAAGUCGAAGGGUCACCGAGACCAGUGGGAGACGUCAUCGCCGUAGCGUACAGAGUAUUACACGACAAGGAACCGUCGAGAGAAGUGUACGAGAGACUGAAGAAAACUGUCCUAACCGGGGAGAAGUUUGUGCUCUCUACGUUAGGGUUUGAUCUGGAAAUUGAACACCCUUAUAAACCGGUGUCGAAUUGGGUUAAGAGAUCGGUUAAGGUGGAGAGUGAUGCUAAAAGGUUGUCUCAGGCUGCGUUUAAUUUCGUUAACGACAGUUUAAGGUCGUCGCUCUGUUUGCAGUUCAAGCCGAGUCAGAUUGCUGCGGCUGCUAUAUAUCUUGGGUCGCGCGUGGCUAAUGUGAAGUUGCCGUGGGAUGGGGAGAAAGUGUGGUGGCAAGUGUUCAGUGUCACGAAACUACAAUUGUGUGAGAUCAGUAACCAGACGAUUUCUAUAUAUGAACAGGACUUCCUCAUCCCGGGUGAACAAGAAGCAAAAUAUAAGCUUGGUGAUGGAGAGUUACUAAGACCAGAGCAAAAGCAGAGCAAGGAUGAUGGAACUAAAUAUUGUCAUGGUGUUGAAGGUCAUGAAGAUCAUAAGGGAAUUGUGAUAAAUGGAGCUGAUAAAGCUAAGAAACCUUGUUGAAACUGUUGAUAAUGUACCUUUUGGAGCAUUCCUAAAAAUACAUGUAGUUGUUGAGAGGUAA